UCAGUCUGCUCUCGAUUGAUGGCGCUCCAAAUCGCACUCGGCUCACUCUCCUACUCGGCCUCGGCCGAUCCCGACGGCGGCAUCGCGCGGAUCCCGCUUCGCGUCAACCAGACGGCGCGCCGGCUCGCAAGGAGCAAUGGACUGGCGACCGCGCACCUCGGCCUCUCCGGCGCGAACGGCGACGAGGUGCCGAUCAACGACUUCCAGGACGCGCAGUACUACGGCCCGAUCUCGAUCGGCACGCCGCCGCAGCAGUUUGAGGUCGUCUUCGACACAGGCUCGUCGAACCUGUGGGUCCCGUCCAAGAGCUGCUCGUGGAGCAACAUCGCGUGCAAGGCGGAGACUUGCCCGCGGUCAAGGAGCCCGGCGUCGCCUUCGUCGCCGCGCACUUCGACGGCGAUCCUCGGCGUCGGCUACCCGGGCAUGUCCCCCACACGCAUCCUUGGCUUUGGCUACCCCAACAUCGCCGUCAACGGUAUGCCUCCCUUCUUCCAGGAGGCGGUCCGCACGAAGAAGAUCGCGGAGGCGGUCUUCGCCUUCUACCUCGCCAAGGACGCCUCGGCGCCAAAGGGCGGCGAGCUCACCCUCGGCGGCGUCGACCCGACCUUCUACAGCGGCGAGUUCACGUACACGCCGGUCACCACGCCCGGCUACUGGCAGUUCUCCGCCUCGGCGGUGGCCGUCGGCGGCAAGGCCUUUUCGGGCGAGAUCAAGGCGAUCGCGGACACCGGCACGGAGGCCUGGAAAUCGCUCCUCGCCUUUUUUGAGGGAGAUAAAAAAAGGCCCCCCCCCCCCCCCCCCCCUCUCUGCCUGUUCCACCGCCCCUCCUCCCCGCAGGCGGGCGGCCAGACCGAGUGCCUCCUCGGCAUCAUGGGCAUCGACGUGCCCGCGCCGCGCGGCCCGCUCUGGAUCCUGGGCGAUGUCUUCCUGCGCAAGUACUACACCAAGUUCGACUACGGCAACAACCGGCUCGGCUUCGCCCUCGCCAAGUAGACGCGAGGCGCGAUGCGCCGAGUGCGCCGACAAGCGAGGGCUUUGGCUGACCUCUGGCCGAGUGGUCGCGCUGCCGUCGCGGCGGCGAUCAGCCUGCGAGGAGGGGCCCCCCUCUCCCCUCACGUGGGUGGCAGGUCUGCGUGGUGUACCGGUGUACUGAUUACUGUGGUGGUGGCGGCGACGGUGGUGGCGGUGUCGGCUGGCCGUUGGCGCGGCGUGGCGUGUGGGAGAAGCGCCCUCCCGUGUUAGCAGUAGUGGUGGUGAGAUGCGAGGCGCUUGUGCUGAGCGCGGUUUUGCUUUUGGUUGGGGGGCGCGCACGGACGUUGUCUCCAUGUCGGGGUUAUUGAUUUUUCUCUUUUCCCCUGACGCUCGCCCGCAC